AUGUUCUUAAUGGUUGAAAAAUACGGUAUAAUUGCAAAUAUGAGUGGUGACACUGAUAAAGCUCAAGAACUGGCUGAUCUGUUCAAAAAACAUGGUUACUUUGAUAAACUGAAACAGGAUAUUCUGAAUAAACGAAUUGAGAAUGGCGAGCAGUCUGCGCAGUUACAAGAAUUGGUUAAACUGAAAGUAGCCCAAAUUGUUAAUGAAAUGGUUAAUUCUAAUGAAGAUCUCAUCUUCAAGAAUCGAGGGUCCACCACUGCGUUGAUUGAAGGCCAGAUAGUGAAAGACGGUUACGCUAAAUUGAACACUGGAGAAAAUGGAAUCAAUUUGACAGAAGUUAUUGAAGAAAGUAUGAGCAGUGAGGAUAUGAAAAAUGAUAUAUUUAAAGUAUUAGAAAAUCUAGACAAGGAUCUAAUGAAAAGUUAG